CAUAUCUCUUACGAUUGUGGUUCUGAUUUAAGUUUUGACCCUCAGUCUUGCAAACAUUUAGAACUUUGUCAUAACAUCUGUCCAACUCCUGGCCGUCACAAUAAAGCAUGAUCACAUUUUUAUACCAUCCUAUUAUGACUCAGUUGUUCGCAUCUUAUCAAAUUAGUUUCGUUCUGUUGCCCGGCUGCACAAGAAGGUACUUCAUACACCAUGUAUGGAACAUGGACGCUAGAUGAGAAAGACAGCCUGGAAGUCUCUUGGAGAAAAAACAACAUUCCAGUCGAGUUCUGUGAAUCUCACAUCACUUGCCCAAAAACUAAGAACGUCAAUUAUUACAUCAUCCACGACAGACAUUCGCAGACGAGCUAUAUAUCAAAGAUGAAGAUCCUGAACGUGUCAAUAGAGGACGAAGGUCUCCACGUCCUGAAGUAUGUUGGAAUGAAUAGUCCCCUCUAUCAGGACAUAAUGAGAUGUCUUUUGAGAGUAUACGCAAAAGGUUAUCAUUCAACAUGCAGCUAUUCUUCUAAUACAGCAAGAGUCUAUAUAGCAUGCAUCGCUAAGGGUGUGUAUCCGUCUUCAUCUUGUGUCAUAAUAAACGAGAACCAGACUUUUAACGGUCACACAAGACAUGAUGUGAGCACCGCAACAGGCAAUAAAGGAAAACAUUUUAAUACAAUGUGCAAUAUUAUCUUGGAGCUCAGCAAUUUAACUGCAAACAAAGAUGUAUAUAAUGUCACGGUUAAUUUGUAUCCAAACAUUACAAAUACUGACGAGGACCACCAAUAUGGAACAAGAAUCAAUCUACAAAUACAUAAAGAGAGACCCAAAUUAAUUCUGGAGAACUGUCCAUCAGAAGUUUAUGAAGGCUCGGAAGUCACGUGCGUUUGCAAAGAUGUUUCUGCUCAUCCAGAGCCCGUUGUUUGGUACAAUGGGUCCAGUAUAGUGUCAAUCGAAACUAAGAACAAAAUCAAUUUUAUUGCAAUGUCUAAAACCAAAGUAAAUUACACAUGCCAGACUAAUACCUUGGCAGAUUUUCCUGUAGUAAAUAUUGUAUACACCCUUAAAAUAUUGGCCUCUACAUUUUAUUUUUAUUCUAAUGUCGUAAACUAUUUGAACUCAAAGCUCUUGUAACGCCUAUGAAUGGACUUAAAGUUGAUGCUUCCUGUUCAUAGCCUCCAGACGUCUGCUUAAUGUUCUCUGAAAUGUAACGGCUCCUGAAACAUG